CUUACUCCAUGUAUAUAUUCUCGCCCCAAAAUUCUCAUCAAAACCUCAAACAAACUCUUCAAUGGCUUCCUGUGACUCCAGAGACAAUGGAUGGUCCUCCAACACUUUAUCCAUCACCAUCACCCAUCCAUACAGCCGUGGCCUUUUCUUCCUCCUAGUUGUCCUUGCUCUCAUCCUCUUCAUUAUAGCUCUCUUCUUCCUCGCUCACCGGCUUUGGACCCACCACCGGUCCACACAGGGGCUUCACCCUAACAUCAUCAUCAACAGUACUUCUCCCAUCACCUUGCACCGCUCUAUGCAAGAAAACCGGAGCGGCGGCACCUGUGAAGGAACGGAGUGUUCUAUAUGCCUUUGUGUUUUUGAAGAAGGAGAUAGGCUAAAGGUGUUGCCUUUAUGUAACCAUGCAUAUCAUUCUGAGUGUGUGGAUAAGUGGCUUAGUAAAAAGUCCAGCUGCCCCAUUUGUAGAGCUUCUUUGAUCCCAAUUACGGCAAAAAACUGUUCUUAAUUAGUAGUUUCUUACUUAUUCUCUAUUAUCAUUGAAAAAUAAAUCAAAGGAGAAACCAAGACCAAUUGGAGUCAUCAAAAUUUCAUUAAUGGUGAGAGAGGUUUAGAGCUCGAGAUUCAACAUUUUUUUCUUAUUUUUUUCCUUUUAAACCUCUGGUAAGAAAUCUUUUUCCAAAUU